AUGGACGAGCUUAAAUUGUGGCUAUCGCGCCUCCCUGCCCCCACCGACCUCGUCAUCCUUAUCGACACCCGACUUAUCCGCAGAAUCCCCAACCUUGACUUAAAGUUUCGACCGCACGCCUCAGCGCACGCCCCAGCACUACCUUCUACCGACAGCGCUACAGGGAGGCCCACGCUCAUCGGUGGCAUCUCCAUCUUCUCUUUCAACAGGGCCAUAUCAAUGUCCUCUCCGCUUCCCUCCGCAGAUGGAAGACUUCUCACCGUUCACCUCAAUUAUCUUCGCGAGCAAAUCCGCCUUAUCGCCAUCUACGCCCCCACACAGUUUUACGAACGCCGGGUGUGGUGGACCACCACGCUCGCCCCGGCAUUGGAAGCCCCAACCGCUGCUGCUGCAUCCAUGCUUGUCGGAGAUUUCAAUUCGGUAGUCCUUCCCAUCGACAGAAACCGCCCACUCAAAGAUUUCGAAAUGCGCGAGGGCACCUCUUUCGCCAAACUCAUGGACGACCAUGCACUGGUCGACACCUUCCGCACGCUCUACCCCACGCCGAUUGACGUCUUCUCCUUCUAUGGGAGGCAACGUCAUAACUCCAUCCUUGAACGUGACUAUCUUCCCUCCUUCAUCCCCCCGCGAGCAGUGGACGAACUUAAAGCCCUCCUUUCCCUCCCCCUGAUAAUUCAUGGCCCCCCCCUACGCAUGCAAUGCAUCCUCACCGAGCCUCUCGCCUUCAACCGUUCGCUUCUUAAACCCGACGGUCGACCGUUCGCCACCCGCCAACACGAGCGGUUCCUACUUACGAUCCCGGAGGAAUUCCACGACGACGCAACACGCAUCCUCCCAGAGCUCAUCAAAGCUAUCAAGCGUCCCUGGUGGACCGCCCUCCGAACCCCUCACGUCUCCUGUGCCUCCUCCGGAGACUGGUUCAUGCUCUCGGACGACCACUAUUCCAUCUCUCAUCUAGCCCUCCGUGUCAUCGCCUACAUCCCCCCUUCCUCCGUCUCGGCUAAUGUCCACCUCGUCUCGCCAGACCAUCACAUUACCCACACCCCAGCAAAUACUGGACUCUUCCGUCUACAGGACCUCAUAGAGGUGCACGUCAGGGACUGGUGGCUCGCAGGGCCACUUCAUACAGGUGCAGGGUUAGGAGCUAGGAUAGAUCUUCUACAGGACGGCGUCCCCAGCCUCGCCGACAUCCGCCGCCUCCUCUACAGAGCACAACCGCUCACCCACCACAGCCGAUGGACCCGCGACCUCACCCUUCCUCCUCCUCCUCUCCCUGGCCUUAAGGACCCCUUUCUCAAAGACCAGCCGAGCCGCCAACGGGACAUCCUCUUCAGACUCUACACACUCACCCUUCCCUCUGGGUCACGCUUCCAAUACUUUGAUGAUCGAGGGGUUCACUGCGCAUUAGCCACUCGCCUCCCCACCAAACUCGCCUCCGCUCUGCAUCACGCCCUGGUCGUGCGACCUCCAGUGCCGCCUCGCACCUUCUUUGCCGCCAAAUCGCCACCUCGCCUUCCCAUAUCCACAUCGCAACCACAACACCGACUCGCCGCAGCGAUUUGUCAUCGCCGCCGGAUAGGAGCCUCGCCGCCACAUCGCCGCCUCGCCGCCUGGCCUCCUCAACGGCGUGCCGCCUCCAGGUCGCCGCCUCAUCGCCACCCACAGAGGACCUUCUCACUCCCUCACAAUGCACUACCCCUCCCUUCCCUUUGCUCCCAUUCCCCUCCAAUCCCUUCUUUUCCCUUCGCUUCCCUUCUUGACGUCCUCGUCGCACAUCCCUUCCCCUCUCCUCCCUUCCCUUCUUUUGCCCUCCCUGCACUUCCCUUCCCCUCUCCUUUCUUCCCUUCUUUUACCCUCCCUGCAAUUCCCUUCCCCUCUCCUCCCUUCCCUUUCCUUCCCUUGUUUUGCCCUCCCUGCACUUCCCUUCCCCUCUCCUCCCUUCCCUUUCCUUCCCUUGUUUUACCCUCCCUGCACUACCCUUCCCCUCUCCUCCCUUCCCUUUCCUUCCCUUCUUUUGCCCUCCCUGCACUUCCCUUCCCCUCUCCUUUCUUCCCUUUCCUUCACUUGUUUUGCCCUCCCUGCACUUCCCUUCCUCUCUCCUCCCUUCCCUUCCCCCUUUAUUCCCUUUCCCUUCUCUUCCCUUCCCUUCCAUUCGCGUCUCUUCACCUCCCUGCCCUAUCGUUUUUCUCCCUACCUCCCCUUUUUUCUCCCUACCUCCCCUUUUUUCUCCCUACCUCCCCUUUUUUCUCCCUGCCACCCCUUUUUUCUCCAUGCCUCCCCUUUUUUCUCCCUGCCUCCCCUUUUUUCUCCAUGCCUCCCCUUUUUUCUCCAUGCCUCCCCUUUUUUCUCCAUGCCUCCCCUUUCUUCUCCCUGCCUCCCCUUUUUUCUCCCUGCCUCCCCUUUUUUCUCCAUGCCUCCCCUUUUUUCUCUCUGGAUCACUAUGUAAGCAUGCCAUGCCAUCUCCUGUAG